CUAGAAAUAACACUUGUCAAAGUAGACUUGCCUUCAGUCAUUGUGAUUAAAAGUGAACUAGACAAUUUGACUGGACUUUAGCAGUCUUAACUGCAAACUUUCCAUUCGACAUGUGCAUAAAAAUGUUAAAAUAUUGGACGGAAAGUGUGAUCAUAUAGUAGAAGGAAAAACUCGUACUCAUCUUGAAGAGUUCUAAAGGUUAUUCGAUCUUAUCUCGAUUCAGAGUCGGGUAAAAGUGGAACGAGAGCGAGAAAGAAGACUAGAGAUUGUUACAGGUACCCACCAAACAAUGGUAUACCUACUUUCGAAUUGGUUACAUUUACCCCGAUUUGUAGCUGUCUAACAAAGAUGCAUAGUCCGAGCUUAUCUUCUGAGUCCAAGGGCGACAAGAGCGAAAAAGAAGUGCUCUUGACCGUCACAUCCCUGGUUACAGAGGGCCGAAUACCGGAAAAACUUGGACCUAAAAGUAAGGGAUUCCGUGAAGGACCCCACUGUAAAGCGGCGGAGGCCCACACCUGCGAUGCGAGCGAUAGUCUUUGCGCAAAUUACGAAUUUUUUCGUGAGGAAGUGUUGAGAGUAUGGGCCCAAAAUCUCCCCAUAACCUUGGAGGUUAUCUUGACAUGUGGCUGUCCCGAGGGAGAAUAUUCUGUUGGUCCUGAGGUCGAGGAUAACUGUAUCUUGCUUGAAUCAUGGAAUUUCAGCAUCAUCAGUAAACGCAACUCAUCACCUCCCUCAUUUCAAUUAGCCCAACUUAUGGGAGCUAUCAGAUCGCAGCUGUAUUUCUCUCAAAUAACAGCUUGGUUAACCACACCAAAUGAGAACGCAAAAAGGAGGCUCACAAGUAAACACCUGAGGUAUCGUAUGGCUCAACCUGGAAAUGGUUCCAAGAGCACCAAGUUUCUGAUGAACCCGGUUGAGCACAAUUUUCCUGUUGUUCAGGUGGGAUACGACACGGUUCUGAAGGUGUCGUUCCGGAGUAUGCCCAGAAUGUCUUCCGUUCCCAUUAUUCAAUGUCAGUCGUGCAAACCUUCACAAGGGAAUAUUGCCCACGUUGAACCUGAGAUGAGCGGCAAGGAAAUGCACAAGAAGUUCAUCGUCCCUGACAGGCUAACCUGUUCAUUGAAUGGAAAACAUCAAUGUGACGAUAACGAAAGGCCGGAAAACGAGAAGCAAUCCGAAAACGUGACGAAAUUCAAACGGCUCCGACAGAAUCUCAGAGAAGAGCAGGCUUCUACCUCCACGAUAAAUCACAUCAACUCGGCCAGACAGAUCAACAACCAGGAAUCCAGGUUUGGACUAAUCGAUACCUCGAGUAACAGAGUCCGAGAGCUGGACGAACUUGACAAUGACGGUUUUUACGAUCUCGACGAGGACAAGAGCGAAGCAUUGCUAAAAGCCAUCGAGAGGGUGGCUUUGAGGACCCCGGAAAAGACUAAAAAGCUAGAACCGAUUGACAUGAGAGAGAGGGAAAUGGAGGUGGUAGCUACGGAGGUCAAGUGUGGGAAAUCAUGCAAUAUAGAUAAAAGUCUGAAAGAAAACUCUACUGGUUUCAACAAAAUCUCGGGUAGAAAUCAUAUGAGAACAUGUACAAAAAUGCAAUUAGUUGGUUGUGUAUGUGAUAAUAAUGAUUGUGAUACAUGCAAAAGUGAUAAAAAUAGUAGUAGAAAUAUAUUAAAUCAUUUCGAUAAGGGUUAUAGUGAUAGCGUUUCGUUCCUGGAUAAUCACAAGAAUGAAGACACGAAUUAUUCGAAUUCAAGAUUGUCGACUGUUGUACAAAGGUUGACGUUUGGAGAAAACGAUUCCGUAGAUAAUAGGACUUCGAAUAAGGCAGUCGUACCUUCGACAAGUGAGCAGACUAGGUUCAAGAAGAUCCUGAAUAGUUCAGCUUCGAUGGUGUUCCAUAAGUCUGGGUUACCUUUGAUGAGCAGUCCUGCUCCCGUGAGGAAAGGAAAGACAUGUUUCGAUUUCGAUUCUUCAAUUGGUUCAGUUACUGAUAUAAAGAGUGCGUUCUUCUCAUCGAGCUUCUCGACGGACGACGAGAGCGAGAGCGACGGCAGUCAGAUGUCCCCUUGCAGUCCGGAAACCUACCUAGCACAAAAGGCAAUGGAGGAGGAAAAUAAAGAGCCAAAAGCGCCCGCGCGGUGGCCCCGCCGCCGCCGCAAGGGACAAGCCUCUAACUUGCUAGGUUCUUUCGAAGAGUCGGUAUUGAAUGGGAGACUCGAACCCGUUUCGACAGUACAAGGCUUCACUGCCGAAUUGGGGGCGAGCGGUUCUUUCGUUCCCAAACAUUUGAAAGUUCCGGUUACCGUCUUUUUUUACAACGUGGGAGAUCACGAGAGGAUGUCGUCUCCCUACCUCUGUCACAUCAAACUGGAAAAGAAAGGAUAUUGCGUCCCGAAAGUGGGUACUUUUCAAGUAACACUCAAAAACCCUCUGGGUAUGGUGGUGAAGAUGUUUGUGGUACUAUACGAUCUCUCCGAUAUGCCGCCCAAUUCGAAGACUUUCAUGAGGCAACGUAUUCUCUUCCUGCCAACAGACUGCAAAGAUGAAAAUGUACAACGGACCUCGAAAUGGCUGAAAUAUUUGAUACACUUAAGAUUUGCGAGUUCGAAAUCAGGAAAGAUAUACCUGCACGGAGACAUACGAAUAAUAGUGUUAAACAAGGCCGAUCUCGACACGGCCUCUGCGCACGAUAUUGACACGAAAUACGAAAUGCGCACCAUCACUCUGAUGCCGAUCAAUCCACGUUUCUCGUUUAGAAAGUAACAAGAAGCCCAGAUUUGGAACGGUAACUCUGUCGGCAAUGGCAGAAGGAUGAACCUAUUUUAUCGGCUGUCUUGUUCGUUAUGCUGUUUGUAAGAUGACAGAUGAUGGGUGAAGUUUUCGGUGACUUGGCACGAGUGAAUCCAAAACUUGCAAAGUAUCUCGCUCGAAAAAUUUUACUUUUGACAGAUUAUAUUCGAAUUAAGCGGCAGUAUUUUUGGGUUAGUAUUAUUUUAUAACUUGACUGUUUAAUCUUUUACUUUUUAGGAUUUGCAUUUGAAAGUUUUCGGUACAGAAUGAGCUAGUAAUGAAUGGAGUAUAACAUACUUUUUCAUAAGAUCCCACAGUCGGACUGAAAUUAAAUCAAAACGGUUGGUUUUUUGAAAUUAUAAGAUGUGAAAAAUUCUUCAAGAAGGCUCCUUUGCGGAUAAAUUUCCAUGAAUAUGCUUGCACCAAGUGCAAUCUACUUUUCAUUAUUGAUGCUCAUCCUGUACUCAUUUUUAGGUUAUAUUUCAUAAAUUCAUAGAUUUUUCACUAUAUGUUUGGUUGAGAAAGAAAUUGUUGGAUAAAUUUUUAGUGCAAGUAAGCGGAUGAUCAAUAGUUUAAUUUUCUAGUAUCUACAGUCGGAAAAAGGCAAUGGUUUUAGAGUUCCAGAAAUUGAGUCAUUAAAAUUUGAGGGAUAUUUGAAUAUUAUAUUGAAUAAACACUCCUCAGUUGAACACAUUAUUACCUCAAGCUAAAAAUACGAGCUCUAGAAUUUUAGUUGAAUUAUUAAUAACAAUCUGUAUGAUCAAUUCUGAAUUUUUAUAACCAAGCUAUCAAUAUUUAAUACUAGAGUAAUGAGAUUGGGUAAUUUGUUAGAAAAUUUUUAGUGUCAUUCAUAUAUUCCAUCAUUUCACCGCAGGUUCAAAGUCGGUAGGAAACUGGUUAGAAUUACAUCAUACAUUUCUAGAUGUGUGAAUCAUUACUGCCAUUAACUUGUAAAUAAUAACAUUAUGUACAUAUAUUACAGAUUUUAUUUUUAAUAGUAAAUAAAAAAUCGAUAUUUUUUGUAAUUGACAAUACAGAUUUGAGACCAUCAUCUGAAUUUUUCUUGGAUAACUUGCGAGUUCUUAUGAGGUUCAAAUUCUUUUCUCAAGUCUCACAUUUCUCAUUAAUUAUGUAUUAGUUUUAAAACAGAGGUAAUACUUAUAAAUUAUAUUUAUUGCAAGCAUCAUAUAUUAUAUAUCAAUUUUUUUAGUGAACAAAUAUAAAUGUAAAAUUAU